GUUUGAGUGACAAGUAAGUUACGAACUCAGUGGACGGCGGACGCGCACUCCGUGAAAAAUCCGUUUUCAACUUUGGGACCCGGUGAACAGUGCUUAUUGUGAUCAAAGCUGGCUUGUGUUAUUAAUUGUGUCAAAUUUAUCCAAUUUGGAUGGUCACCGAGGGCGUAUCCAAAUCAAAAUAUUCUUUCGUUGAUUGAAAGCAACUCGUUCGGCGGUAUCCAGCCUUUCAAUUCCUUCCUCAUCCGUUACAUCCACAAUGGCCGCCCCAGGCUCGGAAAAGGAUGAGUCCCAAAGUCAAAUGAAUCAACUCACAGUUUCCACCAUAAUCAGUUUGGAUGAUGCGUGCAAGAAUAAUAAUUAUAAAAAUGGAGUUGGUAAAGUUGAAUCUCUUUCAAAUGGAAAGUCCAUUGAGUCAAUCGUGUCGCAAAGCAGCGAGACCGAGAGCUAUCAGAAGACUUACGACAAGGAAAAAUGGUACAACGUAACAUUGCAGGUCUUCAUCCCCUUCAUGAUAGCAGGAAUUGGCACGAUUGGCGCAGGAAUCGUCCUCGACACGGUGCAGGGUUAUCAGGUGUUCAAAGAAAUAAAGGCCUUGUACAUAUUGGUCCCGGCUUUGCUGGGGCUGAAGGGCAACUUGGACAUGUGCCUGGCGUCGAGGUUGUCAACGCAAGCGAAUUUGGGAAACUUGAAGGACAGGAAGGAAAUUUUAAAGAUCAUUUUUGGUAACAUAGGGCUGGUCCAGAUCCAGGCGAUCGUGGCGUCUUGCUGCGUGUCUGUGUUUGCCAUCACUGUAUCUGGUGUUACCAAUGGAACGUGGGACUAUCAACAUGCCAUGUUAUUAGCUGCGUCUGCCACCCUGACAGCCACCCUUUCUUGUUUUGUUCUUGAUUUUGUAUUGAUAGCAGUCAUAUUUAUAUCCAAGAGGUUUAAGUUGAAUCCGGACAACGUGGCUACCCCAUUUGCUGCCAGUAUUGGAGACGUUGUUUCCAUCACCGUCCUUUCGUUGUGGUCCAAGUUGUUGUAUGAAAUCCAUGAAACUUAUCCUUGGCUACUGUUCCUCGUUCUUGGUGCCUACUGGUUUGUCAUCUUGCCAAUCUGGUUGUUCUUCGUCAGGAGGAACGACUACACCAAAAAAAUACUUACCAGCGGUUGGACGCCAGUACUCACUGCCCUUAUCAUCAGUGGUAUGGGUGGUUUGGUGUUGGACCAGGCAGUCGACCAGUUCACAAACUUCGUGGUAUUCCAACCUAUAAUCAACGGCAUUGGUGGCAACUUGGUAUCAGUACAGUCCAGUCGCAUAUCAACCAUGCUCCACAAGACUUCCAUCAAAGGCGUCAUCCCCCCACACACCAAACAAUGGGUUGCCCCUUGGACUGCACUUAUUGCCGGAGUUCUUCCUGCAAAGUCAGCCAGAAUUUUGAUUCUGAUGUCGAUCCCUGGACAGAUUAUAUUCGUACUGGCGGCUGAUGCUUUGUCAAGCGGUGGCGUAACAGUCAGCGCCUAUUUCGUUACCUCGUAUUUAAGUGUGAGUCUUCUGCAGAUCAUGUUGUUACUGUAUAUUGCCCAUUUGAUGAUCCACACAAUGUGGGUGCACAAAAUAGAUCCAGACAACUCGGCAAUCCCUUAUCUCACUUCUCUGGGUGAUUUGCUCGGAUCCAGCUUGUUACUUCUGGCGUUCAUUUUCUUACGAGCAAUACAUCAGGACGAUGAUAUUGUAACAUAGUUAUUAUAACAGUAUUAUUGUAACCAAAUCAAUGUAUUCAUAUUGUGAUUAAGAUUUGCUUUAUAUUAUCAAAUUUGUUGAGUGCCAGUGAGAACAAAACAUCCUCAAAAAUUAGAGGAUUAUUGCCAAAUGGUUCCUUGUUAGAACAUACUCAGUGAGCAAUACAAGAUUGCAACUUUAUUACAAUAAGUAAAUUAGUUGAUGAUUUUGCCAAAGCAUUAUUAGUACUAUAAGAAAUAUAGUGAGAUUUUAUUAAUACUAUCAAAGGUAUUGUACCUCACAGUUUUAUUUUUAAUGUUAUAUAAACUAUGUACAAAUUUUAUAGUAUUUUAUUAUUAUUAUUAUUUAAUUAACAAAUUAUGUAUUAUAGCAAAUUGUAUGUUAUAAUUUAUAAUAAAACAUUUGAAUUUAA